AGCUAGUUUAAGAGCGUCGACGGGUGUGAAUAUCGACACUCCGGACUUUUCUUGCGUGAGGCGCACAUUUUCAAGCGCAACUUGGCUCCGUCUGCUGGUAUUGCAAUACAACUUGAGUUAGAAGAACCAAGUCAGCACGAGACUACAAAGAUGUGGCAAUGGAUGUCGAGUGUGUGGCGCCCUGAAAAACCGAAGCCGCCCCAGCUCCCCAAAGUCAGUGGAAUCGAGUACCUCGGCUGCUACUCCUAUGAGAACCUGGUACUGAAAGGAGGAGGGGCAAAAGGAAUCGCCUACAUCGGAGCAGCAAAGGUACUGGAUGACGCCGGGAUUCUGCCCAAAAUCAAGCGGUUUGCAGGAACCAGCGCAGGCGCCAUCACCGCCGCCCUCCUGGCCGUCAGGAUGACGCCGCAGGAAAUGCUGGAGGAGCUCAGUAACAGGAGUCUGAUGGACCUCUUAGAUCCACCGGUAAGGGGAGGCUGGUUCAGCUUCCUGGACUGGUUCCCCCACAUCCCCGGCGUGCCCAGCUGGCUGACGGUGGACAACAUGUCCACGGCCUUAACAGCAGUCACGGACAGAGGCGCCUGUGAAGGAAAAGAGUUUCUGGACUGGUUCGGAGACAUCUUAGAUCGGCACUUCAAUCGUCUUCAGCUGGACACUGAGAAAGGGCUGGACAAGGACAUUACGUUCGAUAAACUCUACCACACGUUGGGGGUGGAACUGUGCGUCGUGGCUUACAACAUGGUUCUGGGCAAUGAAACUUAUUUUCAUGUCAAAACCACGCCUAUGAUGAAGAUCCGGGAAGCAGUGCGCAUGUCCAUGUCCAUUCCAGGCGUCUUCAAGCCGUUUGAUUUGGGCUUGAAAAAUCCAUAUACUUUCAUUGACGGUGGGCUGGCCGCUAACUAUCCCCUCUGGGCCUUUGAUGGCUGGUAUCUUUCCAUGAAUGAAGAAAAUACCUUCCACAAGAAGCUGAAGGAGGAAGAGGGGGAGAUGAUUCGCAAGAUGUUCCAUCCGGAGUACAGGAAAGAGCGAUUCGACUCCAGGAACAAAAACACCCUCGGCAUCCUGAUGUUCUCAGGCAGUGACCGUGAAAUGUACCAGGGAAAGUUUGAGGAGCGCCUUGAGAAGCUGGUGGAGGUCAAACCCGAAUUUGAAAAGAAGAGAGAACGCACGACGCUAUACAAGGAUUACGAGGCAGACACCGAAGAGCGUGUAGAGAAAGCAAACGCGAGCAUCGAAUCCUUCAAGAAACUGGUCGGCGAGGGUGUGAGGAAAAUGAUCAAGGAGAUGGAUGGAGAAGAUCUGGAGAGUUUACCUGAGUUUCCUCCGGUGGAUGAAUCAAUGGUGCAAGAUUGCCAAGCAUAUUCCAGAGAAAGUUUGGCAGAAAUCAGUUUUGAAUUCGAAACACCUUGUGGAAGAGUAUUUUCACCGAUUCCUCGUGUGCCUCGACCGACCGACAUAUCCAUAGACAAAGCUAAGGAGGUAUUGUGA